CCGGAGCGUGCGCGCGCCCCCGGGCCGAGGUGAGCAGCGGGCGGUUGGCCCGAGUCCCGGUCACCUCGCAGCAGCACGGACCGCGCACCCCGGCUCGCGCCGAGGCCCGCCAUGGCUUCUCUCAGCUCCCAGGGCGGCGGUUGCGGGGGCGGCGGCGGCGUUAGGAAGGAGGAGAAGGGCAAGAAUAUCCAGGUGGUGGUGCGGUGCAGGCCUUUUAAUGCCUCAGAACGUAAAGGAAACUCCUAUGCUGUUGUAGACUGUGAUCAAGCAAGAAAGGAAGUUAGUGUCCGCACUGGUGGAGUGACAGAUAAGACAUCGAGAAAGACUUACACAUUUGAUAUGGUUUUUGGAGCUCAGGCAAAGCAGAUUGAUGUAUACCGGAGUGUUGUGUGUCCCAUUUUGGAUGAAGUUAUUACGGGCUACAACUGUACAGUGUUUGCUUAUGGCCAAACUGGUACUGGUAAGACCUUCACAAUGGAAGGGGAGCGGUCACCCAAUGAGGAGUAUACUUGGGAAGAGGAUCCACUAGCAGGUAUAAUACCCCGUACAUUGCAUCAAAUAUUUGAAAAACUCACAGAGAAUGGUACAGAAUUUUCAGUGAAAGUCUCUCUUUUGGAAAUAUAUAAUGAGGAGCUAUUUGAUCUUCUGAAUCCUACUCCUGAUGUUGGAGAAAGAUUGCAGAUGUUUGAUGACCCUCGAAACAAGAGGGGUGUAAUUAUUAAAGGCUUGGAAGAAAUAACUGUACACAACAAAAAUGAAGUCUACCAAAUCCUGGAAAGGGGUGCAGCAAAAAGAACAACUGCAGCUACUUACAUGAAUGCAUAUUCCAGCCGUUCCCACUCUGUGUUUUCUAUUACCAUCCAUAUGAAAGAAACAACAGUAGAUGGAGAAGAACUUGUCAAAAUUGGAAAGUUAAACUUGGUUGAUCUUGCAGGAAGUGAAAACAUUGGUCGAUCUGGUGCAGUUGACAAAAGAGCUCGUGAAGCUGGAAAUAUCAACCAGUCUCUUCUGACACUAGGAAGAGUUAUUACUGCUCUCGUAGAAAGAGCGCCACAUAUUCCCUACAGGGAAUCUAAACUCACAAGAAUCCUUCAAGACUCUCUUGGGGGACGAACAAAAACAUCAAUAAUUGCCACAGUUUCUCCUGCAUCUAUAAAUCUUGAGGAAACAUUGAGUACUCUGGAAUAUGCCCACAGAGCAAAGAACAUCAUGAACAAGCCUGAAAUUAAUCAGAAGCUAACAAAAAAAGCUCUUAUUAAGGAAUAUACUGAAGAGAUUGAACGUCUGAAGCGAGACCUUGCAGCUGCACGAGAAAAAAAUGGAGUCUAUAUUUCCCUUGAAAACUAUGAAGCCCUUAAUGGAAAGCUGACAGUUCAGGAAGAACAAAUUGCAGAGUACAUUGACAAAAUCGGUGUCAUGGAGGAAGAAGUGAAAAGAAUCACUGAACUAUUCACAGUUAGUAAAAAUGAACUUGAGCAGUGUAAAACAGAUCUGAAAAUCAAGGAGAAAGAACUGGAAGAAACACAGAAAGAUCUGCAAAAAACCAGAGUUCAUCUGGCUGAAGAAGAAUAUGUGGUUUCAGUUUUGGAAAACACCGAACAAAAACUUCAUGGCACAGCUACCAAGUUACUUAGUACAGUUGAAGAAACUACAAAAGAUGUAUCUGGUCUCCAUGCAAAACUGGACCGUAAGAAGGCUGUAGAUCAACACAAUGCUAUCAUCCAAAAUACGUUUGCAGGACAAAUGAAUGCUUUGUUCAACAAAAUUCAAGAUUCAGUUAGUGAAAACAGUUUGAAGCAGCAACAGAUGUUGACAUCUUACACAAAUUUUAUAGGUGACGUCCUGUCUGCCAGUUCUUCAGCAGCUAAUAUUCUUGCAUCAGUUGUAUCAGCCUCUUUUGCCUCUGUUAAAGAAUUGGUGUCUACUGAAGUUUCUCACGUGUCUGAAAAAAUAACACAACAUGAGAAUCUAUCACUUGAUUGUAAAGCUGAGCUGCUGAGAUUAAUUGAGGAACAUACAUCUGGAUUAGGAAGAUCAUUAAAUAGCUUGACACCAAUGGUAGAAUUUGUCUUGGGGCUAAACUGUCAGUUUCAGAGUAACAUGAAGAAAUAUUCUGCUGUGGCUGACAAGAUGGAGGGUCAUAAAAAGGAAAUGGAUACCUUCUUUGGAGAUCUUUCUCUCAAUCUGAAAAAAUUACAGGAAGAAACAACCAGUGUUUUUGCUCAGCUUCAGAAUGACUGUGACAAUUUAAAAGAAGAAGUGGAAAUGACGAGGUUGGCACAUACAAAGAGCGCAGCUGAAUUAAUGUCAUCACUGCAAAGCCAGCUUGACUUGUUUGCUCAGGAGACUCAGAAGAACUUAACAAAUGUACUCGCAAAAAAUGGAAGCUUGAAGACCACCAUCGCUGCUGUGCAAGAAAACGUUCACCUGAAAACAACAGACCUAGUCAGCAGUACAACUUCCAAUCACAGUAAAUUUAUUGCUUCUCUGGAUAAUUUCUCUCAAGAGCUCAGGAUAAUAAAUGCUGAAAACAAGAUGAUGCUGGAAGAAUCCACUGACCGCUGUCAACAACUUCUCAGCAAUCUCAAAAAUGUGUCUCAGGAUACUGAUAAAUGGGGUGAACAUACAACUGCUCAGAUAGUUGACCUUACCAGUCGGCACCUAUUGUUCCUCAAUGAUGAGAAACAGCAACUUCAGUAUUUACAAAAGAAAAAUGAAGAAAGCUGUGAUAAAGCAAUAGCUGAAAUUGCUAACCAUAUUGAUAGACAAAAGGCUGCUGAGGAGAAGGUACUAGAUAGCCUUCUUGAUCAGAUAAAGCUUGAUCAGGAGAGACUUCUGGAGCAGAAGCUGGCACUUAAUGAGGAAGCACAGCAUGGACUGACUCGGGUUAAUGGCUUCCUGCAAGAGGAUCUUAAAGUGGAUAUUCCAACAGGUACAACUCCACAGAGAAGAGACUACUUCUAUCCAGUCACACUUGUGAGAACAGAACCCCGGAAACUUCUGCUGGAGCAGUUAAGGCAAACACAACCAAAGCCUGAUGCUGUGCUAAACAGCAUGAUAAAGGAGGUGGAGGACAGUGCAGAUCAGGACCUGUUGGAAGAGGGAGAAGGGUUGCAAGAAUCCAUUGAAAGCCUUGCUAGCAACAAAUCCUUAGUGGAUACAAGUAUAUGCUGCCACGCAAACGGUGGCAUUCCCUUUUUCCAGCACAAAAGGAGUCACAAAAAGGAUAAAGAGAACAAAUCUGCAGCUACGGUGGAGAAGAACAAAAUAGAGGAUAUGACAGAACAGUUUCUUCCCAAAUCUAAGCCUCCUUUAAGAUCACUGAACUAAGAUAUAUCCACUGCAGGUCCCUGUUUUGAAAUACUCAUGUCUAAUUGUCUACGGUGCCAUAACUUUCUUUGGUUAUUCUCAGUCUCUAUACAGUGAUAUAAUGAUGCAAAGUUGGAUCAGAAGAUUGGCUUGCCAGAUGUCCUGCCUUUGUCCUAUUUUUAUAUUCUGUAUCUUGCAAAGUAUUGAAAAACUUUUUUUAAAAGAACGUGGAUUAUGGUGCUGUAUGUUAAAUAGACUUUUAUGUUGUCAAGCAGGAGAUCCUUUUCUGUUUCUCAGUAGACUUAGAGCGGAAGGGGAUAUGGAAAAAUGUUUUAUUGGCAUUAUCAGCUACAGGGUUUUUGAGUUAUCUGUAAAUAAGUGUUCUGGUUUUAUACCUGCUUUUUAGUCUGAUUCAUGUUUCUACAAAGUUGAUAGCUCGUUUUUAACUGGGAUACUUCAAAUAAAUCAUUGAUACAUGGAAAACAAAUGUAUAAGCCUGUCCCUCAGACUAAAACAUGCUUACAUGACUCAUCUUUUAUUACCAGAUUUGAUUUAGCUAAAACAUUAGCAGCUCUGUCAUAAGCCUUGUGCUGUUAAAAAAGGAUGGUUCCCUCCCUUGUUUCAUAAUAGACUAUAGCUUUAUUUCAGCGCCUCUUCAGUAUAGGAAAGCUAGUCUUAUUGCUGGGUUUGUGGGGUUUUUUGUUUCAUUUGUUUUGAAUCCCACUGUUCUUAUCUUCUUAACCUGCAGCUGUGAUGUGUUGGCUUGGAUAUGAUGUUGUCAGCCAUAGCUUAUGUAUUGUAAAUUGAUAGCAUUUCUUUUACAGUGUAGAUAUGUAACAUUGAAACAUGCAAACACAGUUACAAAUGCAGCUCCUAUGUUGUAUAGUAACAGUAAAUUUCCAGUAAUUGACAGUAGCCAGUAAUUUGACCAGCUGCUCUCUUCAUGCGGCUUACCUGAGAAUUUGAAGAAAACAUCAGGCUGUAAUGUACAAAAAAAGUAGAUUAAUAGUAUUAUGAUGGGACUGGGGAAUGCAUUUGGAAGGCAGCCUUAAUUUACAUUGAAGCACUAUUGGCUAAUUUGAAAAACAUGAUUUAAGAGAUUGUCCAUUUUUCUAUAUCUUGCUUGCAGGCUUAGGUUGAUCUUUCUUCAAAUGAGUAUUUCAUAGAUCUGUUUAUCUUUGAGCAAGUGUGCCAACUAGAUACACUUUGGACACAAUUCAGACAGCACAUUGCAGUCCUGCUGCUAGAGAUGGACAAAUGUAGUUUGAAGAAUGCCUUUGAACUGAUGCUCUGAACUCUAGCAUGAGAUAGAACAUAGUUGUGUUUGUCUGAAACACUAUCUUACCUCUUAUUUAUUCUCUCUCUCAUGCCUCUGUUGGCAAGGCUUAAUUGCUUUUUCUUAACAACCUGAUAGGAGGAAGGAAAGCAUUAGUUCCCUUUCAAAUUAAUAAGAAACACAAAUAUGGGGGGGGUUUUGUUUUGUUUUGUUUUUAAUUUUUUGGGGGGGUGUUAUGAUAUCUUGGUACCUAGCUUAUAUACCAAAUGUUUCUACUGUUGUAAGGGACUUAGCACUGGAAGCUGCAGGACUGUCUCCUUCAGAAAGUGUUUGGUGUAUAACUACAAUUCAGCCAGAAGUGUUGAUCCUAUAGCUGUAUUGGAAUGGCCUAAGCCAAGUGGGAGAGGCUUGUGCAAGUCUGUCUUUCACCUUACUACUUGAUUUCCCACAUGCAGUUCACAGGAUCAGUAUGAACAAACUGGAGCAGCCAGUACCCGAGGAGGGUUGCAUCCAUAAAAUCACACCAGAAUCUGUACUUCCUGGCUUUAUUGUUUUUGAAACUGUCUCCCCUACCAGGUACCAGGCAGAGGCUCCUUUCCUGGUAACUGAGAGUUAUGUAUGAGUUUCAUGGAUUGCUUGUAUGCUCUCUCUUUGUCUAAAGUACCCCUCAGAGUCAUGUUCUCUUUUGUUUGCAAUACUGGUAUGGCAGAUCAUUGUUUUACUGGCCUUGGUGUCUGGAGGUCACACCAGAAAGCUGAAUAGGAUGACAAAUCCAGGUGCAGAACCUGACUUGGCUUCUUUCUCCCUUUCUCUUCUCCCACUAGAUGGCUCUAACGCUAAAGUGUUACUCCAAAGCUCAAGUACUGGCCACUAACCAGGACUUAGAAAUAAGCAUUUUGCCAAGCUUUUUGUCAAGCAUCUGUUAAAAGAACAAGUUUAAAAAACUAAUCUCAAAUUUAUGCUUCUGCAAGGAUAAUUCUGUAUUCAAGUUUGGGUGAGGGGUUGUUUUAUGGAGAGCCACAUUUUGGAAAAAGGUGAUCCAACCUCUGUCUUGAGCUUCGCUGCAGGGCUAAUAGACGCUCUUAGUAACUAAAUUUUUGUCCUGACCUGCGCUCUGGUUUCCCUACCACAUGGGCAUUGCCUGAAGUAGAAGGCAACACCUUUUUUUUUUUUUUUUUUUAUAUAUAUUUUCUGAUAUAUGAUAGGGAAAAAAAAAAGGAGGGUAAGAAAAACAAAGCGUCAGUUGUUUCUUAUACAAGGUCAUUGGGUUUGCAGGUCUAACCUAGAGGGAAGAAGUAUCAUGGUCCAGGCUAGCUCAUGUGGUCAUUUGAAUUUGUCUUCUUAUAAGGCGUCCUUUAUAAGAAAAGUAGGAAGCUAUUUCUACAGAAUAAAUAACAAGGUCAUACCCUGACUGAAUUAGUCCAUCUGAGCAUGAGGGAAGGUUGUGGUGACUGAGGCUGUAGUAUAUAGCUGUGUUCUAAUUAACCUGAUGAGGUUUUUUUCAGGUUCUGGAUUAGUGGCCAAGUAGGGUACAUCUUGAUUUAACAAAAAAAAAAAACAGGUAAGAUGAAUGUGAUGUGGGGAAAUUAAAUGAGGAAAAAUGAGUUUAAAUGCAGGUAAAGGGGGACUGCAAAGAGAACAGAAAGAGGGCCAUUGGAAGUACAGAUAAUUAGAGCCACCAGCUUGCUUUUCAAGUGAAAAAUGAUCUGUCAGGAGAAAGUGGAGGAAAGGAAACUUCCUGCUUCCUCCUGGAAAUCAGGGAGCUGUGGCACUUGCUGCAUCAAAGUUGUUGGGGGAUGCAAUCUUUUAUUUGAAGAGAGGAAAGAAGACUUAAACUGACUAGCUGCUAUUGAUGGCUGGUUUUAUUUUGGGUAUCAAAAGCAAUUGUGUGGGGCUAGAGGGGAGUGAGGAGAAGGUGUGUAGUUGCUAGGCUCUGCCUUUCUUUUUUCUGGCAGGUGUUAGUCACCAUUGCAAUCAUCUGUUAAAUGUGGGUACAGGGAACGAGGAAGCCUGUAACUCUUUGAGGUGAUAAAAAAAAUGCUAGAAGAAACUGGAAAAAUAAAGUUUAACAUUCCUUUUCUAUCAAAAAGAGAUAGAAGAGGAAAAAUAAAUAGUUCUAACAUUCCAGAGCAUUAAAAACAGGAAAAAAAAAAAAAAAAAAACAAAUAAAUUUUAAAAUAUAUAGUUGGUAAAUAUAUACUUUUUGAACAAGUGUUUACAACCAUUUGACUAUUAUUUUUUUCUUUCCUCAUUUGAAACUACUUUUUAUGGUAGAGGGCAAUGUUCUAUAAACUGCAUGCCCACCCACACAGUUACUUUAUAAAGUUAAGUAACAAUAAAUCAUGCUAGGCUUUGCAUUAGUAGACUGUAAGUGACAUAGUAUUAUAUGUGAGAUGUAGACCACCUAGCAAAGUAGGCUGUUCUUGUAGGUUGAAUACAAAUUCAAUCCACAGCAGCAUUGCUAUACACAGUGCAGCAAAGUGAAUGUUUAAAUCUCUAUGUUCAGAAUACUUCUAAAAUCAUCUUUGGUUCUUUAGUAAAAGGUCAAGCUACUAAAAAAAGGACACAUUAUAGCUACACAAGUGCUCUUUAGACAGAUAAAAAGGAGUAAAUGCUUGAUCCAGCAGUCUCAUCAGGGAAGAAGUUAGAAACAAGCUGACGUUUUUACAUGAGGUCUGAAAAUUGUUCCCUAUUUCCAGGUUUCUAAAAUUUUGAGGAGACUGUCAGUUUUUAGGUGGCACAAAGUUUUAAUUUUGUAAAACAGUGGAGCUUGACUGGAUUGGUUUUUUGGUUUUGGUUUGUUUUUUUUUUUUUUUUUUUUUUUGUUGUUUGUUUUGGUUUUUGUUUUUUUUUCCCCAAAAUAUUAAACCUAUGUUCCCUUGACUUCUUAGUUUUACUUUGCGACUCUUAGUCUGUUCAUAACCUAAACAUUGUAUUUCAAAUAAUGAAGCACAUGGCUAAAACUUUUGACCGGUGCAUUUUCUUUAUUAAAAAUUACCAAAAUGUAAGAAUGAAUAAACAGAAAUAUGACAUAAAUAUGUUAGAUUUUUUCAGAUCUUUCCAGAUGUAAUGAUCUACAGUUGUCGAUAACAUAAAUAUAGUUUUGACUAUAAUUUUAUUCUGACAAUGUCCAGAGCACAGAAGCUACUAUGUGAAGAUUUUUUUUUAUGUGAUAAGGAAUGGUAUUUUCAUUGGCAGAAGGUAUUUUUUUAAAAUAUCUUCUUUUUCUGCCUAACUAACACACAAGUUUUGCAAAGUGGAAAAUAACAAUUAGCAGGAAAGAAAGUGUGCUCUUUUAGCAUUUAUGACAAAUAGUAAACCAUACAGGUUAAAUACAUGGCAAGAUCCUUUUCUUCCUCCCCAGUGAUUCGAGUACUAAGAAUGAAUUAUGUUCUUCAGAGGACCAAUUUCCCCACUGCACAAGUCCAGUCUUACAUGGGGCUAAUUCUGCUACAGUCACUUUAGUAUCAGUUAAUAAAGGUGAAGGAUCAGAUUCUCUGUUCUCCACAGUACAGAGUUGUUAACGAUGCUUAAAAACAAACAAAAAAUCUAAUGCCCUGUUUGGUCUCUGUGGCCAAAAGAUUUCAUGGUAUUUAGAAAGGUUUCUCUAGGCAAGCCUGGAAGUUGUUUUCAACCCUAAAUCUGUAUGUUCUUUGACAGGAACUUCAAGUGUACCUAACUUCCCUGACUCUGUAAAAUGACUUUGGGAUCUUUCAGGAUAGGUAUGAUACUACUGUUGUACUGUUAAAAGACUAGACUGUGUCAGUUGAAGCUAGCACUGAUUGUAGUGGCCAUCGUAUCAUGCCAAUGUCCGUAGGCAUAGUGUGUGUCACAGGAAGAGGAACCUUUCAAACCUCCAAAGGAUGGCACAGAUAGCCCCUGCCUUCUGGAACAUAGCUUCAUGCUGAAUCUGAGCACCGCUACUCCCACUUUGGAAGUAGAAACUUGUAAACAUGUUUCUGAGAGAGUGAAUUCCAAUUUUUGUUUUGUUUUUGACACAGAAAAACUUAAGUAGUCUCUGUCAUAUGUAAAGACUGUUUGGGGAGAUUUUUUUUUUACAUUUCAAUUAGCAUCCUCUAACACUCAAACCAAAACAUAAGUGGCAUUAUGUUCAAAAGCUAAAGGAAACAAAAUGAUUCACUUGUAAUUUGUUAUACCAUCCUCUAUGACCUAAUUAAAAUAUUACAUUAAUUUCAAAACCAUUCAGCUGUAGACACAUAUUCAAAUGGUUAUAACAUAAUAAUGAUAAGUGCCAAAAUUUUGCUUAUUCACUACCAGUUUAUUUUAGGAAACAUAGUCCAGCAGGAUGAACCUUGAAUAUACAGAUUAAUGCAAGGAAGGAAAUUUUAUGAUGUCUGUUAGUUAAUACAGAAGCCAAUCUUAUUAAUCAUGGAUUUACAGAGGGCUGUUUUAUUAGAUGUUAACCAUAGCUUAUGUUGACAAUUGAUUUUCAUUGUCGGACAACUAAAUUUAUUAUUUGUAAUAAGAUAAAGAUAAUUAAAUUGACUUUAGAAAGGUUACUAUCAUAAAUGUUGGUACCUGUGAAUAGCAAACACAGAACUGCUUUGGCAGCGAAAGUUCAGUUAAGUGAUAGGUGCUUUCUUUCCAUUACAUUUAUUAGUCCCUGAACAUUUUUCGUCUACAUUUUAUUUUCCAGAGUUUAUACCUAUUGCUGUGAAAAACUGCUUGGGUUGAAGCCUCACUUUCAGUUUAUUUUCUUUCAAUAAAACAGGAUCAAAACAUUUUUACAGUUAAAGAAGUAAAACAAAAAAUAAAGCAGUAAGUGUAAAUGUUUGAUGCAAUGAAGUUUUGUCCUGUUAUUUCUCAGAUUUGUCAUUAAAUUAUUCAGAAUAGUAUGUUGAAAAAUGUUGGUUCUGCAAUAAAAUCUGACUGAGGGGAGUUUAAGUAUUAAAAGGAGUAAUUAUUAAGGAAGUUAAUUUUCACCUUGUAAAAAUUGAGUACUUAGAACUUAUUUAAUCUUUUUAAAUUGUAUUGUUUUUAUUAUAUAUACAUAUAUCUCCAUCCAUUUGGGUACAAUCUUUUGAAAAUCUGGAGGAAUACAGCAAAUGAUAAAGACUUUGGAAAAGCACCUAAAGUAGCAUCUUCAAACCUAGUGCAUUCCCGAGCUUUGGCAACAUGUGAACUAUCCAGUACAAAAGUAAUUCUAUCAGAGCUCUCAUAAUAUAUUUUUACUGUAAUAUUAAUUUUUGUUUUUUACAGGCUUGUAACUUGUCGUUGCUUAUUUGGUGUUUUGGACCAAUCGUGAAAGAGGGAGUACUUCUGGAAGACUGUUUUAAACUGUGGUGUAAGACUGAAUAUUUGAUGUUUUGGUUCUUUAAUUAAAUACACUUGGCUGCAGGA